GUUUUGCCAAUUUGGGAAGGAACAACUAAUAUUUUGUCAUUAGAUGUUCUUAGAAGUUUAAGAAAAUAUGGUACUGAAAUUUUUGGAGCAUAUUAUUCAAAUGUUUUAUCUAGAUUACAUUCAGAUUCUGGAAAGUUGCAAGAACCUAAAAGCAUCGUUGAACUGGCCUUACACAAUACUACAAAUUUUAUUCAAGAAAAUCCUGAUAAGUUAAUUACAGCAGCUAGAGACUUAGCAUACUCAUUAGCUCGUAUUUAUAUAGGCUCAUUGUUGAUUGAAAAUGCUUCUAAUACUCAAAGUGAGCAAGAUAAUAUUAUAGCAUUCAGAUGGUGUUGUACUCAAGAUCUAGCUCCUGUUCAUACUAAUCAUCAGUUGAAAUUAUACGAAGACAAUGUUUUAAAUAACGAUAGAAAUAUGAUUAUGUUAGAAUCAUUUUUUUAAAACGAAUUUUAAAUUCUGUUGGAAUAAAUUGUAUUUUUUUAAAAUAAAUUUUUG